GAGCCAGUGCCCUCAGAGCACCUCGCAGCGCUGCUGCGCUGCGCCGCGCAAUUCCCCGACGCGGAGCGCUUCGCACGCGCGGUGAGCGCGGCGCAGCGGGGGAAGGUGACGCUGGACGAACAGACCUUUGCCGCCCUGGUGGGCACCUUACUGGCCAGCGAGGCGCCGCACGCCCUGGUGCGUUGUGCUUUGAACUUUGGCCUUCCACCUGACGGUCAUUUUAUCCCACUGAUUCCAUACGAGAUCAGAAUAGAUGACAGGAACGAUGUCUUCAGAGGGGCCACCAACGACGAUUCCGGAGAGCUGGACCUGGACUUGGUGGCUGAGACGGACUUGCCGCCCAUGCUGGAAUUUGCUGGUUGCCGUUUUAAGCCUGAGCUGAAUGGGCUGUAUCAACGCCAACUUGGUCGAAAAGACUUGCUGGGCCAUUUGCGACCCAUCUACCAGAAGCAAAUGGGCUUUUCUCGCCGCUACCGUUGCUUCUAUUGGGACGCUGCAUUGACUCCUGAUGAGACAGCAAGGGAUCGGGAGAGUGGCUGGUACAUUGCCUCCGAGAUCGGUGGUGGUGGCCAUAUCUUCGCCCGCUGCGUGGGGACGUCGGAAGGCAACGUACCACCCAAACAGGGCUGGAGCUUUACGGACAGCAAGGAGAAUUGGAUCCGCGAAACGUCCAGCGGCUUCAUCCCACCGACCAGUCGCACGGAGCGCAUCAAAGCCUUGAACUUGACGGAAGAGGAGUCCAAAAUGGCACUGGAAGGAGUUGAUUUGGACGCCCUCAGGGGAUCUGUACAAGGUCGUGAUCCGGAGGUCUGCAAAUAUUUCUGCCAUUUUUUCAUCCUGCUCUGUUUGGAACUCAUGUCGGAGAUUCAGAACUUCCGCUCCCGCUGGCGCUUCCGUAGUUUGAACCAAUUGGUGAGCUUUGGAAUCGCGUUCAAGGACAUGAAAGUGGAACAUCAAGGCAAAGUCAGAGAAAGCAAACAAGCCCCUCUGCCAGGUUGGCCCAGUCUUGAUACGGUCGAGGUUCAUUUCUCCCUUCCCAGGAACCUCAAAGCAGAGGAUUGUCGUUUCAAACCUGGGGAGAAUGUGGUGAUUUCCAUUGACAACCCAGUGCAGAAUCGUGUCGCCGAAGCCAUGGUGAAAGAUGUGGACUUCUGGAGUCACACCUUGGUCCUCCAAGUGCGCGGCGAGAUGCCCGAGGAUCCCUGGCGCAAGAAGCGUUAUCGCAUUGAUUCCUAUGCGAACCGGGUCGCCUUUGAGCGGCAGGCGAACGCCCUGUUGCAGUUCACAAUGGAAAGGACGACGGUCUGUGAGAUGUUGGUGUCCGGGGGCGUGGGACGCAUUGAUGAAAUCGUCAAGGAAGAAGCUGCCCUCAUGAGACGACGCCAGCUCCGUGACCGCUUAGGCCCAGACUACAAGGGCGAGCAACAGGCCAAAUUGGCCAAAAUGGACAAGGAAACGAAGGCCAAGAUCAAAGCCGAUGCGCUGGCGAUGUGGGACGAGGAAGACUUCUUUGAUGACGAGGCGCAGGAGGGCGCAAAAGAUGAGUUGGAAGACAUCGACAUCACAGGCAUCAGUGACGUCAAGGAGGAGAAAUUGUCCCCCGAGGAGGAGGAGCAACGCAAGAAGACUAUAGCGCUGGCAUCGGAAGUAGUUGGUGAAGUGAAUGAAGAUAAUCUCAUGACAGCUACUAUCCAGGCGAACGCCUUGCCGAACACCUCUGAUGCGCAGAAAAAUGCCAUCGUCAAUGCUAUGUCCAAGAGGCUGACAGUUAUCCAGGGGCCACCUGGCACCGGAAAGACACAUACCUCUGUCAGAAUCUUGAGCAGUUGGGUGAAAACGAUGGGCUAUAAACCUCUCCUGGCUACUUCUGAAUGCAACGUGGCGGUGGACAAUAUUGCAGAGGGCCUUGUAGCGAAUGGAAUCAAAGUGGUACGCAUCGGAAAAGGCGAAAAGAUCAGCCAGCGGUUGGAAGAGGCGAUCCUCGACAAUUUGGUUCGACAUGGACGGGAACAGUUGAAGGAAGAGAGCAAAGACAUGUAUGAUGAUGACGAAGUCAUCCAGGACAUAGGAGAGGAACCCGAAGACCGGAGGUCAUCUGAGUGGGAAGCCUGGAGUGCAAACAAGGCUCGUCGAGCACAAAAACGGGCCUGGGAAAACCAGCAAACCAGGUUUAUGCAACAAAAGAUCCUCGACGAAGCCGAAGUCAUUUGCGCCACCACCAUCCACUGUGGAUCAGUGAAGCUAUCAGGUUUCAACUUCCAUGGAGUUCUGAUUGACGAAGUGGCACAGGCAACUGAAACCUCGUGCAUUGUGCCCGUGGUGUGCCGUGGUGCUCAACAGCUGGUUCUCUGUGGAGAUCAUUGUCAACUGCCUCCCUCGGUCAUUUCGCGCGAGGCUGAACUGCGAGGCUUCACCCUCUCACUGUACUCACGAAUGACGAUGACAGGGGUGCCAUUCUGCUUCUUGGAUACACAGUAUCGCGCUCAUCCAAUGCUCAUGGAAUUCAGUGCGACUUGCAUCUAUGAUGGACGCCUGAAGAACGGCGUGGACGAGUCCAAACGGCCCAGGCCCAAUGGCCUGCCCUGGCCUGGACUCGAGAGUCCAGCCAUGUUUCUUGAGAGCAACGUGGAGGAACACUUGGAAGGUGAAUCGAAGGCCAACUACGCUGAAGCUGUCAGAGUCAAGGAGCUGGUCCGCGGCUUGUUGGAUCGGGGCGCAGUGAGACUUGAAGACAUUGGUGUGGUGACGCCGUACAAGGGACAAGUGCGGGUUCUGCGGAAGAUGAUGCAUUUGCAGAACGGUCUCAACGUGGAGCAGGAGCAGGCCAAAUUGUUGGAAAUCGCCUCCGUAGACAACUUUCAGGGCCGAGAAAAAGAGGUGAUCAUCUUCUCAGCCGUGCGUUGCAAUACCUUUGGCUCCGUGGGUUUCUUGAAGGAUUGGCGACGGCUCAAUGUCAUGGUCACUCGUGCCCGAAGGGCCUUGGUGGUCAUAGGAAAUGCUAUGACCCUUUGCAAAGAUGACUAUUGGAAGAAAUGGCUGGAGACCACUGAAAAGCAGGGCGGCUGUCGGAAAGGCACUGUGAAAAAAGCUUUGGAAGAUGGAGAGAACUUCCAAGGUAUCGUACCAUCUGAAGAGAACAUGGACUUCUUCCCUUCGCUGCAACUGACGGAUUUCCCCGUGGCGCCGCCACAGUCCAGCGCUCCGAAGCGGAAUUGGAGCGACAUGAACAGCGACGACGAGGAUCAAAGUGCCAUGACGACAUCGCCAGUGAAAGUGGAGAAGAAGCUCAAGGUGACUGAAGAUGAAGCGAUGCCAUGGGCGCAAGACUGGACUGGAUGGGGUUCCAAGCAGACCGAGGUCAUGGACUUCGUCGAAGUGGUCCAAGGAAAAAUCCUGGAACACCUGGUCCACGUGGGACACGAAGUCCUGGAACUCCCAGAAUUCCUGGCAAAGAGACUCAUGGAAUUCUGCGGGACAAAAAACUGCAGCCCCUGCAGCACGCUUUGGGAUGACCC